AUGGAGCUAAAGAAUUUGCUUAGAUUGGCUAUUAAUGUGAUGGGAAAUAAAUCUUUAGCAAAACUCCGGCCCGCUGAUUUAAACGAUUUUCGUCGACAUACAACAUUCACUGAAGCAGAAAUUCAGGAAUGGUAUAAAUGUUUUCAUAAAGAUUGUCCAAGUGGAGAAUUGACUGCUGACGAAUUCAAGAAGAUUUACGCACAAUUUUUUACGGCUGGUGAUUCGUCAGCUUUUGCUGAACAUGUCUUUCGUUGUUUUGAUACAAAUGGUGAUCGGAAAGUUUCAUUUCGAGAAUUUUUACUCGCAUUACACACAACAGCACAUGGAACAUUAGAACAAAAACUCGAAUGGGCAUUUCAUCUUUAUGACAGAGAUGGUGAUGGGUACAUUUCCAGAGAUGAAAUGUUUGUUAUUAUUGAUGCGAUUUAUAAAAUGAUUGGUUCAACAGCACAAUUGCCAGAAGAUGAAUCGACAGCGGAGAAAAGAACAAAUAAAAUUUUCAGAUCUUAUGAUAAUGAUCGUGAUGGAAGAUUAUCUCGUGAAGAAUUUAUCCGAGGUGCCAAAGCUGAUCAGUCCAUCGUUCAAUUAUUACAAAGUGAUCGAAGGCCAAUGUCAACAAGUGCAGCAAACAUGUCGUUUCAUUCAUCAGAAAACACUCCGUCAUCAUCUACCGCUCGUCUUCGUACAUAA